CUGGAACACACAAGCUAGUGUUAGCUAUGGCAGAGAGGAGGAGGGUGGGCUACAGCAUAGAAAGGAAGAUCCUGGAUGAAGGAGCCGUGGAUGAGAUGGCCGAAAAGUCUGACUCAAAACCAUCUCUGUCUGAGAAGAUCAAAAAGUCAAUGAGGUGUUCUGGUCCUCGGUUGAAGAGCUGCCUGCUGAGUAGUAUUCCUGUUUUAUCAUGGCUUCCUCGUUACUCCAUCAGAGACAAUGCCCUGGGUGACCUGAUCUCUGGAAUUAGUGUUGGGAUCAUGCAGCUGCCGCAGGGUAUGGCCUAUGCCUUGCUGGCAUCUGUUCCUCCAAUCUUUGGCCUUUACUCCUCCUUCUACCCCAUCCUCAUCUACUUCAUCUUCGGCACAUCCAAGCACAUCUCAGUCGGAACAUAUGCAGUGAUGAGUGUGAUGAUAGGAGGGGUGACAGAUCGAUUAGCCCCAGACUCGAACUUUAUGAUAUGGGACAAUGUGACCAACUCCAGUAUAGUUGACACCAUCACCCGGGAUGCAGAGAGGGUUCGAGUUGCUGCGGCCGUCACCUUCAUAUCUGGAUUAUUUCAGAUUCUGCUCGGUCUGGUCAAGUUUGGUUUUGUGGUGACUUACCUGUCUGAGCCUCUGGUCCGGGCUUACACCACAGGAGCUGCCAUCCACGUCAUCGUGUCCCAGCUCAAAUACACCUUUGGCAUCAGCCCUGUGAGACACAGCGGACCUUUUGCGUUGAUAUUUACUGUGAUAGAGGUGUGUUAUCUCAUCCCACAUACAAACAUCGGGACUCUUGUGGUCAGUAUCGUUGCUAUCAUUGGCCUUAUCCUCGCUAAGGAGCUCAAUUCAUACUUGAGUAAAAAAAUACCUGUUCCUAUACCUGUGGAGCUGCUUGCUGUCGUUAUUGCUACAGUAGUCUCCUGGCAAGUUAACCUGGAGGAAAAAUAUGGAGUGGAUGUGGUGGGAAUUAUUCCCUCAGGUCUCCAGCCACCUGUUGUCCCAGAUGUCUCUCUUUUUGGUCGUGUGAUAGGGGACGCUUUCGCUCUGUCUGUGGUUGGCUAUGGCAUUGCCAUCUCAAUGGGCCGAAUCUUCGCCCUGAAAUAUGGAUACAAGGUGGACGCAAACCAGGAACUAAUCGCCCUGGGUCUGAGUAACUCCAUCGGAGGAUUUUUCCAGUGUUUCGCCAUCAGCUGCUCCAUGUCUCGCACUAUGGUUCAGGAGAGCACAGGAGGGAAGACUCAGGUUGCUGGGGCUCUAUCAUCAAUAGUUAUCCUUAUCAUCGUGCUUUGGAUUGGGGCUCUCUUUGAAGAUCUGCCCAAGGCAGUGCUGGCUGCCAUCAUCUUUGUCAACCUCCACGGCAUGAUGAAGCAGUUCAUGGACAUUCCUGCACUGUGGAGAAGCAACAAAGUAGACAUGUUGAUCUGGUUGGCCACCUUCAUCUUCACCUUGCUGUUCAACCCUGACAUGGGACUAGCUGCUUCCAUUGGGUUCUCCAUGCUCACAGUCAUCUUCAGGACACAGCUACCUAAAUACUCCCUGUUAGGGCAGGUCCCAGACACAGACAUUUACAGGCCACUGGAGGACUACAAUCAGGUGAGGCAGGUGCCAAGGAUUUUCAUCUUCCGUUCCUCUGCCACCCUCUACUUUGCCAAUGCUGAGAUGUAUCAAGAUGCCCUGGGGAAGAAGUCUGGCAUUGACAUUACCAAGGUCCUGUCAGCAAAGAAGAAACUAGAGGCCAAGAGGAAGAGGCAUGAGAAGAAAAUUGCCAAGAAAGCCAAAAAGGCUGCCAAGAAGAACGCAGUCGCUACGGAGCAGAAGCCAGAAAGGAUGGAGCAGAAUGAUAUUGCCACCAUUGAGAUAGAUGCUGAGCCCGACCCCUCGCUCCCUAGAGCCAUCAUCCUUGACCUCAGCCCUGUCAACUUCCUGGAUACUGUGGGAGUCAAGGCGCUACGAAAUAUCCGGAGAGACUAUGGAGAAAUAGGUAUUGAGGUGGUUCUCGCUGGCUGCCAAACUGGUGUGGUGGACAACCUGCAGACUGGUGGUUUCUUCAGUGACCAAGUGACAAAGUCCUGUCUCUUCUCCACCAUCCAUGAUGCCGUUUUGCACUGUCAGUCUGCCGUAACACAGAGCCAAGUUAAGGAGAGCAGAGCGACAUAUUUGUGAGUCCUUAGAGGAAUGAUGGAGGAUAUUAUGAAGAAGUGGCAGACACUCGGUGUGUAUAAGGACUUUAUCCCGAGUUUCAGAUAACUGGGACUCCCGUCUGUCACAAGCACAGACACACAAAUCCUCAGGCCCACACAAAUACACACACAAACACACACUGUAACUAACACAAGACAGUGCAAAAUAAGAAUAAGGACAAAGCAACAGAAUGCAAAUAAAUGACAACAGACUACACAUAUGGAGUCACACAGUAAUACUGUGCUGGAGGAGAGUACAAAUCAAUCAUGCAGUAAACAACACAAACAUACACACUUGCAGUUAGAGCAUAUUAAUACAUUCUGAUAAUAUGGCAUAUGUGUUUUUGUGUUUGCAGGACCUUUUUUAAAAUGAGGUUAUUACAUUACAUUGUCAUUUAAUUACUAACAAACAGCAUUUGCAUAUGUGUAUUAAUGGUUUAUUUAUGGAAAUCUAAAAAUAUUCUUAGACGAAAAAAAUAAAUAUUAUU